AUUCGUACACUUAUUCAAAUAAUAAUUAAAACAAAAUAAUCGUUAUAUACAACAAUGUUGCAAAUGAUAUAAAAUUUUUUUGAUAAAUUUAAAUAUUGAUUCAAUAUUCGAAUUGAUAUAAUUAGUUUGUUACUGCAGUAAAUUGAGAGAUCAACAUGGUGACGAAAAUGUCACGUUAUCGUGAAUGGGAUCUUUCAUGUAAAGUUUAUGUCGGUAAUUUAGGAAAUAGUGCUAGUAAACAUGAAAUUGAAAGUGCAUUUAGUAAAUAUGGUCCACUUAGAAAUGUGUGGGUUGCUAGAAAUCCACCAGGAUUUGCUUUUGUAGAAUUUGAAGAUCCACGAGAUGCAGAAGAUGCAGUUAGGGGAUUAGAUGGAACACGCUGUUGUGGAACUAGAGUGAGAGUAGAAAUGUCUUCAGGAAGAAGUAGACGUGGAGGUGGUGGACGAAGACCAGGUCCAAGAUAUUCCAGGUCCAGAUCUCGCAGUCCCCGAAGGAGAUCAUUGGGUCGUUAUCCAAGGUCCUGUUCAAGAAGCCCACGCAGGUCACCAAUAUGCCGAUAUUCCAGGAAUGUGAUAGAAAGAUUCGGAAAAGAAGUCGCAUGCGAUUCGCAAGCUGCCAGUUGCUUAGGCUUGGUCUACAAUUAGUUUAAUUGAAUUAUGAGAUAUAUUUUAUAUAAAAUAUAGAUAAUGAAUUUGUCAAAAGAUUACUUUUUUAAAUUAUUUUAUUAUAAUAUAAGCGGUUAUUUUAUUGAUAUUGAUUAUGAUAAUUAAAAUUUAAUGCAAUUAUAUUAUUUAUGAAGCAGAAUCUAGAAAUACAAAAUACUUAUGAUAUCGAUUUCAAUCCUUGAAACAGUUAUUAUAGAAACCAAAAUAUAUUUUUUAUGAAUAUAUCAGUUUUGAUUCAUAUUGAUUUUUCAAAACUGUUUUAUGAUUAUUAUAAUUCUAUAUCGAGUUCGAUUGUAUAUGAUAUACAGGGUAUUUAGAAAAAUGGGAUAUCUUUGGAUUCUAAACAUUAAAACGAUGAAAAAAGUUAAUCUAGACAUAUAUCUGAUAUCACUUAAUUAACGAUAUAAUUAUAAGCAUUUUAAGUUUGUAUUAGAUAAAAUGAAACGGCGAAAAAGCGAGAACGCUUAGCUAGAUGCAUGGCAAUAGCAUAUUGCAAUGUCGCUUGCGUAGCGAGUACUCAAUAAAAAUGAAUACACUAAUAUUUUUUUAAAUACAAAUUUAUAUUUUUAUUAAAAAAAAUUUUAAUUAUGCAAAUUGAAAUCUAUGUAAUUUGUUAUUUAACAAAAAUUUACCUCGGAUAAAUUAUAAUAAAUUCUAUAAUAUUCGGAUGAUUACAAUAUAUUAUUUUAUUUAUUUAAAAUAGAUAAAUCGAUAAAUAUAUUUCAUUCAAUUUGCUGUAUUUGUCGAAAUCUAUAGAAGUAAAUACACUUCUAUUAGAUUUUGAAUUAGAAACGUUGAAUAU